AUGACAUUUGCACCAAAAUCUUCCAUUGCUAUUGUGCUCCAUUUCUCUAACUCAUUUCUCCCAAAUCAAAAACAUAAAGGAUCAAGAACAUGGAGAAAAGAUUUGAUUCAGAAACAAUUUGAUCCUCAAAGCUAUAGUUCUUGUGUUCCUGUUGUUACGCACCAAGAUCUUGACCCUUAUAUUCAAAAAAUCGCCGAUGGUGCAUCUUACCCGGUGCUCACCGGAAAACCAAUCACCACCAUUACGCUAAGUUCUGGGACUACUCAAGGGAAACCGAAAUUUGUACCUUACAACGACGAACUGACUGAAACCACAAUGCAGAUUUAUCGGACUUCUUUCGCCUUCAGAAACAGGGCAUUCCCAAUUGAAAACGGAAAAGCUUUGAGUUUAAUCUUCGGAAGCAAGCAAUUCACGACCAAAGGUGGCUUACUCGCCGGAACGGCGACUACAAAUGUAUACCGGAGCCCACAGUUCAAGAAAACGAUGCAGGCCAUGCAAACCCCCUCUUGUAGCCCAGACGAAGUAAUCUUCGGGUCUGAUUUCCAUCAAUCUUUAUACUGCCAUCUCCUUUGUGGACUCAUAUGCCAUGAAGAAAUUCAAAUCAUAUCCUCCACUUUUGCACAUAGCAUCGUUCACUCCUUCAGAACCUUCGAAUUGGUCUGGGAAGAACUCUGUUCUGAUAUCAGAACAGGAGUUCUGUCGGCCAGAAUCACGGAUCCAUCGGUGAGAACCGCUAUGUCCAAGGUUCUGACUGCAAACCCUGAUCUGGCCGACAAAAUUUACAAAAAGUGUCAGGAAUUAACCAACUGGAACGGGUUAAUUCCUGAACUGUUCCCCAACUGUAAGUACAUAUAUGGGAUCAUGACCGGGUCAAUGGAGCCGUAUUUGAAAAAACUACGACACUAUGCGGGUAAAGUACGGUUGUUAAGCGCAGAUUACGGGUCAUCGGAAGGGUGGAUUGGAGCAAAUGUAAACCCUAAUUUGCCACCCGAGAUGACAACUUACGCUGUCCUCCCUAAUAUCGGGUAUUUCGAAUUCUUACCCUUGACAGAGAUCGAUCUGGUUGGUCAACCCAAACUAGUUGGGUUGACCGAUGUCCAGAUCGGUGAAGAGUACGAGGUUGUGGUCACCAAUUUUGCGGGUUUGUAUCGGUAUCGGCUCGGGGAUGUGGUUAAGGUUAUCGGGUUCCAUAACUCGACUCCUGAGCUCCAAUUUGUUUGUAGAAGAAACCUCAUGCUCACAAUCAACAUCGAUAAAAACACCGAGAAAGAUCUACAGUUAGCCGUUGAAGCAGCUGCCAAAAUCUUAACCGCCGAAAAACUUGAAGUGGUUGACUUUACAAGCCAUGUUGAUCUUGCAUCUGACCCGGGCCAUUAUGUUAUCUUUUGGGAAGUUAGUGGGGAAGCGAGUGAUGCUGUUUUGCAAGAAUGUUGUAAUUGUUUGGAUAAGUCGUUUGUUGAUGCGGGUUAUGUGAGUUCACGAAAAGUGAAUGCAAUUGGACCUUUAGAGCUUCGGAUUUUUAAGGAGGGGAACCUUCCAAAAGAUUUUGGAUCAUUAUGUUGGGUUAGGAUCUGCGUUAAAUCAGUUCAAGACACCGAGGUGUGUGGGACCGGCUAACCAAACUGUGUUGCAAAUACUUUGCAACAAUGUCGUGAAGAGUUACAUUAGUAGUAGUUUUGGUUAAGGUAGUUUGUUUUGGUUUGUUCUUGUAGUUUGGGUUGGAUUCAUUGAGGGCUUGAAA